CACAUCUGCCCCUCCAAAAACAAACGCGCUCAACGGAACAGUUCCCACGCCAGACACCGUCGAAGUCGAACUCGGAAAUUCGUCCAGCAUGUCAAAGAAUAGCAAGACUAUAGAGAUAAGUUCGGCCCUGCAGUUCAACACGCUGCUGGCCAGCUCCAAAGCCGUAGUUGCAGACUUCUACGCUGACUGGUGCGGGCCCUGCAAAGCCAUCGCGCCCUUGUUCGAGGACUUCUCCGCAACGUACUCUCGCAAAGACCUCGUAACCUUCGCCAAGGUGAACACCGACAAGUUGGCGGAUGUCGCCGCUAAAUAUUCAGUUAGCGCCCUGCCCACCUUGAUCUAUUUCGAGAAUGAGAAGGAGCACACCCGCAUACAAGGAAGUAGUAAGCAGGAGCUGACCAAGCUCAUUGACCGCUGGAAAGCCAUAGGUUCGGGCGCAGAGGGUGCUGGCAACAGCAGCUCAGCGUCGACCUGGAAUGGCGCUUCGCUCCCUCGAGGCAUGGCAGAUGUCACCGAGCAAGUCGACAUUAAGGGUUUGGAAAUUCGGAAUAACGACUCAGAAUUUGGAAACGCGCGCACUCUGGUCGAUGUCUCCAAGCCUUCGAGCUUAGGUAGCGGUAAGGCGAAGGCAGCGUCUGGAUCUUCGGACGGGGCAAAGGACUGGGUAGAGAGCGACACCGACCCGGAGCUCAUGAUCCACAUGCCCUUCCAGUCGACCUUGAAAAUUCACAGUCUCCAAAUCACCUCGGUAGUGCCCGAAGACGUGGACGAGGAUGACGACGAGACGCCCAUGCGGCCGAAAACAUUGAAGCUCUUCAUCAACAGGCCAAACAUAGUGGGUUUUGACGAGGACAUCGAGCCAACGCAGGAGGUUACCAUUCAGGAUUCGGAUUGGCAGGAUCAUACUGCUACCGUUCCUCUGCGAUACGUCAAGUUCCAAAAGGUUUCGACAUUAUGUAUAUUUGUCGUGGAGGGCAACCGCAAUGCAGAGAAAACAAGAAUAGACCGUAUACGUAUAAUAGGCGAAAGUGGAGAGAAGCGUGACAUGGGUAAGCUCGAGAAGAUCGGUGAUGAGGCCGGAGAGUAGAUACAUACUUAUCAGCAUUACACCCCAAACCAAUAAAUAUCGACCUCAUCCCGGCAGGCUGUGUCUUUCAGAAGCGAAGUACGUUGUAUGCGGACCAUGAAGUCGCAAUGCUCACUACGCGCAUUCGCAGAGAUGACGACGAGAGUAUGAAGGAGAACAUGAAUCAAACUUUGAGUACUACAAGAAAGCGUUUGCAGCCAUAAUCAUGCCAUUUGCAUUUUUCUCUCUCGCACGAGCUAAUGUAGCUAUGCUAUGCCAUACAGCC